AUGCGAGUUCUUCUCGCUAUUUCAGUUAUCUAUCACACAACUAUAGCUCAACAAGUGGGAAUCAAUGUUCCAUGCAAUAAAGAACUAGAUGGACUGCUCACAGCGGAUCCGGAUGGCGACGAGCGUGCUUUCAUGAGUUGUCAGGGUGUUGGUGUAGGAACAAUUGGUUUCUGGGAGCGAAAAUUGUGUCCGAAUAACAUGGUAUUUGACUUCAUCAACCAACAAUGCAAGGAGCAGAAGAAAAAAGCACGUAAACAACAAACAUUGAGUAUUGCCAUCCUCAACAACAGUUGUGCAAACGGAGAAACUUGUAUCGGAGGUUCUGUGUGCGACUUGGACACCCUCAGAUGCAUGUGUCCAUACGGGACGACUCCAAAACUGGAUACGCUGUCUUGUGAAUCAUCGCAACCGCCAUUUGUCUCUGCCACUGUUGACGGACCGCCAGCGCAAUUUUUUAACUCGUUCAAUGGCGCCCAAGGAAAUAGAAACAACAAUGGAUUCGUCCCAUUCCCACAGCAGCCAGAGGUUCCAGAUUUCCAACCGAACAAUAACUUCAAGUUUGGAAACAAUCAGCAGAACAAUAACAACUUUGGAAACAAUAAUGGAAACUCCGACUUCAACUGGAAUCCAAAUUUCAACUGGAACAAUAACAAACAAGCUCCGAUGAACAACAUGAACAAUAAUAAUAACAAUAACAACGGAGGAUCCUCAGAAUUCAACCCAUUCCAGCCAAAUCCAAAUCAAAAGUUUGUUUUCAAUUUCAACAAGAACCAAGGAGGAAACAUGAACAACAAUAAUAAUAUGAAUAAUAUGAAUAACAACAAUAACCAAAACGUUCCUGAAGUCAAACCAAAAGUUGCCACACUUGCUAUUCCUGGUGCUUCGUGUAAGUCCAACGAGAUUUGUGUUGGUGGUUCAAUUUGUACACUUCCAAUUGGCAUCUGUCUCUGUCCUGGUGAUCUUGAAGCUCGUGAUGGAGAAUGUGUUUUGCCUGCCGCUUCGACUAUCUCUGUUCAAAAGGUCGGAAUCGGUGCUCUUUGCUCCGAUCUUGCCGAGUGCGACCAUGGAAGUUCCUGUGUUAUGGGAAGAUGUACAUGCGUUUCUCCACUUGUCCAGCAUGAAGGAAAAUGUGUGCUCCGUCAACAACAAAAGUUUGUCGGACCUGGCGAACUUUGCGAUAACGGCGAAAUUUGUGGAAAAGGAAGCGUUUGUGACGUGAUGAUUCCCGUUUGUGUGUGCCCAGCUCAUACUGAUCUCAAUAACGGAGAAUGCAUUUCUGUGUCUUCCGCCCAAACAACACAACCUGUCAAAAUUAUGACACCACCAACCCUCCCACCAGUCCAAGUUCCAGUUCAAACUCUGCCCCCACAGACUCGUCCACCACCACCGCCAGUUCAACAAACUCAGCCACCAAUCCAGACCCCAGCCCAGCCAGUGUUCUUCCAAACCACAGCACCACCAAGACCAACAUACAUGACCACUCAGCCAACAACUCCAUUCAUUCCAAAACAAAUCUACACAGCUCCACCACAGAUUCCAAAGAGUUCCAUCAAGAUCAACCCAUUGAAGAUUGGAGGAAGCAAACAAGCCGGAGUCGGUGUCCGUUGCUCUCUCAACACAGAUUGUAUGAUUGGAGCCUACUGUAACGGAAAUACCAAUCCACCAUCUUGCCAAUGCCUUUCUACCCAUGUGAACAUUGAAGGAAGGUGUGAGAAAGUUAUCUAUCCGGGACAAGUUGGUUGCCGUAGUGAUUUGCAAUGUCAUGCCGCCCACAGCGGUACCCACUGUAUCGAUCGGAUUUGUGUAUGCCCGGAGGGACAAAAAGCGAUUGAUCAGACUUGUGUCUCAGCCAAUGAGCCAAUCACAUCUCCACCGGGAGGCUCUUGCUCCAAUCUCCGUGAGUGCACUGGAGGAUCUGUUUGCAGAGAAGGAUGGUGCAUUUGCCCAGAUCCAUCUAUGAUUGUCAACCGUGGAAUUUGCAUCCAGUCCGGACCAAAACCAACAUUGCCUCCAAGAGUAUUAACAGUUUUUUGUGCUCCUUGUAACCCACAAAAUUUACAGACGUCGAUCCCCCAUGUUCCAUUGCCACCACAACUUCCAAUUUCUGUUCAUGUUCCACAGGUCACCAUCACAAAAGCUCAACCAUUCGUCACCGAAGCCCCACCACAAGGCAAGAAAGUCGUACCUGGAGGAAGAUGUGGACCUAUUGAUGUUUGUGUGGGUGGGAGUAACUGCAUAGAAGGGUUAUGUCUGUGUCCAGCGGGUCAACAGCCCAGCAACAACGGACGUUGUGGAAAGUUCACAACCACGUCCACCUCGAGACAGACCACUUUGCCGUCGACCACCAUGACAACCCAAGGUACCACGUACACCACAACGCCAGCACCGCCACCAGCCACAACUAGCGUGUUCUCAUUUACAAUUGCCGACUUGUUGAGCACCCGCCGACAGCCUGCUUUCAUCGAAAUUCCAACGCAUGUUCCUCUAACCACCACUGCUAUACAGACCGACGAUGAGUGCACGGCGAUUGGUCUGAUUUGCAAGGGUAACACCGUGUGUUUAAACAAAUCCUGCCAGUGUCCCGAGAAUUAUGUACUACAUCACGACGGAUGUGUCUCACCUGAAGAGGCGGCACGGCGAAAAGCUCGUGGGAAAGCACGACAUGAAGCCACAACCGCUAGAGUAUACUCGAAACCAGGUGAGGCUUGUACACAAGGACAAACGUGUGUUGGUGGAAGUAAUUGCUCGUUCAGAAAGCUCUGUGAAUGCCCACAAGACAAGUCUGAAAUUUCUCAAGGACAAUGUGUGACCCCGAAAAAAAUGGAAGCUGUACCAGGAGCAUCCUGUAAUGCCAACACUCAAUGUACUAAAGGAAGCACCUGUGAAAGCGGGCUCUGUCGUUGUCAACCUGGAUACAUCGCAGUUUCUGGAAACUGUGUUGCCCUUCCGAUGUCAACCACUCCAAAAAUGAAAGUGGUGGCGAAACCAUUAGAAAGUUGCGAGAGUGGAGAAGUUUGCGAAGGAGGAUCUAGUUGUGAUUAUGACACUGGAAUUUGUAUGUGCCCACCAGGACAAAUUGUGUUCAAUGUGCAAUGUAUGCCACCACCAACACAGCCACAGUUGACCACCCGGGUUACUGUACCAACCAAAGCUGCUCCAGUUGUCACACUAAGACCAUUGCAUUCUACUGACUGUGAACAGGAUGCCAAUUGUGGAGAGAACAAGAUUUGUGUCUCUGGGAAGUGCAAAUGUAGACCGGGAUUUGUUGAUAAUUCCGGAACUUGUGAACCAUUGGAAGACAUCGACGUCAUCGAGCGACCCAUUCCAGUCUCGUAUGCUAAACACAAGGUUGCCACUCUGUCUGAAAGAAUGUUACCCAGAGAGCAAAUUGAAAUUUCUAACAUUGAACCUGUCACAGUUGCAACACCAGCCAGACAAGAAACCAUCACGCAGAAGCCGAGAAUCGUGGGGCCACCAAUCCGGCGACCAAGACCAAAGAAUAAGAAUAGUGGAGGAUCCGGAGGAGGCAGUGGUGGAAGUGGUGGAUCGAGAAGCUACAAGACUGGAAGCGGAAAUGCAAACUGUCCGCCUGGCAAUGAGCCAACCAGAGAUGACAGUGGAAAACUAAUCAUCUGCAAUGGUCUUGAACCCAACUGCCCGCCUAGGUCCUACUGUUAUAUCACUUCUGGCGGUUUCGCUACCGAGGAGUAUAACUGCUACAAAUGUAUCAAUGGAGCAAAGUGUAUCGAUAAGAUCUGCAAGUGCUCGCCAGGAUUCCUUUUGGCGCCAAAUGGAUGGUGUGAAGGGUUUGAUUUGGCAAAGGCAAUCGAGAUGAAUAAGCAAUCAGUUGAAACAACGCCACCAACAAAAGCUAACCGUGUUGUUCAAACCAAAAAGCAAAAUGUGAUCACCACAACCACUACAAGUGCUCCAGUUCAACAACAAAUUAUCACAGACAAUUCUUUCCCAACUCCCCCAUCCAAUAUUUUCGGAUUUCCUGACAGAAGAACAACCAAGCCAGUACCAAAAGUUGCUGCUGUUGGAUCAGCUUGUCGGUCAAUUGAUAUUUGUCUUGGAGAGAGCGUUUGCACAAAUGGAUUCUGUCAUUGCCCAAAAGGUUACAUUCGUCAAAAUGGUCAAUGUAUUUCUAGUAAGACUAGAGAAACCAAAGAACAGUUGUGUAGGCAUAUUUUUACAGCUGAGAGCAAACACAAAGUUGCCAAGGUUGGAGAAACAUGCAAGAAUGGAGAAAUCUGUGCUGGCGGUUCAAUUUGUGAUUAUGACAGAAAACGAUGCAUCUGUGCUGCACAGCAUGUGGCAAUCCGAGGAAUUUGUAAACAAAAAUCUGCUCCGGCUUUCGCCGCUCCAGGAGACACUUGCAGCAUGCGUGAAAAGUGUACCGGCGGAGCAAUAUGUGUGGAAGGAAUGUGUCAAUGCGAUGAUCACCAUUUUGCUGAGGACGGUUACUGUAGACCGAUUGAAGCGCGCAGUUCGAAAGUGCAGUUCGUGAAUGGAGCCGGAUUGAGGUUCUCAUCAAUGCAAGUACCAAACAGACAGAGAGCCCAGCCGUGUAAUACAGCAGAGUGUAAACUUCCUAAUUGUUUCUGCAGUGAUGAUGGAAGACAAGCUCCUGGAGGACUCCGUCCUAAUGAGACUCCACAGUUUGUAGUUUUGACGUUUGAUGAUGCUGUGAACGGAAAAACGUUCCCAGAUUACAAAAAAUUAUUUGAAAAUGAUGUAUUGAAAAAUCCAAACGGCUGUGAUGUGAAAGCAACAUUCUUCAUUUCCCACGAAUGGACCAACUAUGACGCCGUUAACUGGCUUGUUCAGAAAAAUAUGGAAAUCGCUUCAAACUCCAUUUCUCACGAGUCAUUAGAGCAUGAAAACACGAAUAGAUGGUUGAACGAGAUGGAUGGACAGCGAAGAAUUUUGGCUAAAUUUGGUGGUGCUCCAGAAGAGCAAAUUGUCGGCAUUCGCUCCCCACAGCUGGCACUAGGUGGUGAUAAUCAGUUUGAGAUGAUGUCUGGAGCUGAAUUCCUGUGGGACAACUCAAUGUCAGCGAACCCGGGAAUCCAUGGAGAACCAUUCUGGCCUCAAACCAUGGACUACCAAGUGGCAUGGGAUUGUCAUGAGGAAUCAUGCCCGAAGAGCUCAUUCCCCGGAAUUUGGACUGUUCCUUUGAACCAGUUCUACGGUUCCUAUAUGAGACAAAUCGACAGCUUCAGAAGAUCUAGUAUGCUUCGCGCCGCUGUUGAUUUGAAUAAUACUGUUGAUGAAUUGGAAGAGAUCAUAAUGCGAAAUUUCGAACGAAGCUACUCCGCAAACCGAGCGCCAUAUGUGUUGUCAUUGAAUGCUGACUUCCUGCAACUUGGUGGACAAAAUAAGGGAAUGAAGGCAGUGCAGAGGUUCUUGAAUAAGAUGUCAGCUAAUAAGGAUGUAUACAUUGUGACUAUCAAGCAGCUUAUUGACUGGAUGAAACGGCCAGUUUCAAUUAGCCAAAUGAAAGCUUCCAAAGCAGUUGGCUGCCCAAUCACACUGUCCUUCAACCGCAAUCCAUCAUUAUCCACUUGCGACAAACCUAACAAAUGUCUCUACAGUACGCCGUCGUUAUCUAGCCAAGAGCAUCAGUUCUUGACAUGCUUGCCAUGUCCAACAAUGUAUCCUUGGUUAGAAAACCCAGCCGGUGGUAUCGUUUAA